AUGGCAGAAAGCAUGGACACGGACACGGAGAGCAGCCUCCAUACUGUAAAUUCGGAUACACGCGUCUUCUGGGACGUCGUGGAUUUCCCACUCCCUCUGGAUGGCGAUUUGGAUCACUUUUGUCUUAAAGUCGAGAGAGCUAUUAGUAAUGAACGUUUUGUUGGUGAGGUCGAAUUCUAUGCUUAUGGUGACGAAAUAAGUAAUCAAGAGAGGAUCGAGAUUCGCAGGGCCGGAAUCUGGCUCCAACAAGAAGGGGCUGAGAAACGUGAGAGGCUGAAUAGGAUGCUAUUGGACGUGCUUGAGUAUGCACACCACAAUCGUGAUCCAUAUGGUGCAAAUUUUCUCAUAGCUAUGAAAGACAUUCCAGAGAAGACACCAGGUCACCCUAUCUACGAGCCGUCUGAGUCAGAUUCUGAUGAGGAGGGAAACGCACAAGGUGCCAAGAAACGUCAGAAUGAGGAGGGAAGCUCACAAGGUGCCGAGAAACUUCAGAAGAUAACUGAUGAGGCCGGCGCUCAAUAG